AUGUCAGACUACUUCCAACAGCGAGGCUACUCGGACAUAGACGACAGUGAAUUCUCCUUCGAUUCCUUCAGAGACGACCCAGCGCCAUCAACACCAGGUCUUGAUUUACAAGGCCUUAACGCACACGAUGCAACGGAUACUUUCGAGGCGGCCAAGGAGAGACGGCGGUCGCGCGUAGUACCGUUCGGCGAGAAGACUGCUCGAGAGAUUGAGAAGGCGAGCUUGCGUAUUCGCAAAAAUCAAGAUUGGGGUGUCGAGCCGGAGAAGUACUGGCUGCAGCGUAAAACGACGCGCGCAGAGCGGUUAGGCUCCUACAUUGUCUGGGGAGGCGUCAUCAUCGGCUUCCUCGCAUUCUGUGGUUUCGGCAUAUGGGGAUACCUUGAAGCACGCGCACCACAGCUUUGUAUGCUGCAAGAUGAAGACUUUCGCGAUGGAGUCAUCAAUCCAGAGCUCUGGAUGCACGAGAUCAGCUCUGGCGGUGGCAACGUUGGGUCAUUCGAUUGGACUACUGCAGAAGAGGCCAACUCGUUCAUCAAGGAUGGCAAAUUACACAUUCGGCCAACCUUUACGCCAGAGUAUCCAGACAUGACAACCAUCAACUUGAGUGCUGAUGGACUCUGUACGGAUCCUUACUACUGGUGCAACAUGACGCAAAAUUCAACGGCAGGCACCAUCAUCAACCCUGUGCAAUCCGCAAAGCUCUCUACCAAAAUCAACAUGCAUUUUGGCAGCCUCAAGAUUCGUGCCAAGAUGCCGCGUGGCGAUUGGAUCUUUUCUCAAAUCUCGCUGGAGCCUGCCACCAAUGACUAUGGAUCGUAUCCAGCCAACGGCCAGAUUAUGUUGGUCCAGAACCGUGGCAAUGACGUGUUGUACGGUCAAGGUGGUGCAGACCUUGUUGAUUCGUAUGUCAACUAUGGACCAGAUGGUGUUCAAGGUUGGGGCAAGACGCUUGGUUCGCAAAAGAAGCUCAAAUUCCAGACGUAUCAGGACGGGUUCCAUACAUAUGGCUUGACCUGGACACCGAGUCACUUGCGCACUUGGGUUGACGAUCCAACCAACACAGUGGCUCUGAUUCAGUGGGACAAGUUUGGCGGCUUUUGGAAGCAAGGCGGUUGGCAAGCCAAUGGCGCUGGCUACAUUGACGGCAUCUUCAACCCCUGGGCGCCUGCGUAUCCUUCGCUCGGUGCACCAUUCGACAAACCCUUCAAGUUGACGCUGCAUGUCGGUGUGGGUGGUAUGAACGGCAUCUUCAAAGACCAGGUGCCUUGGACCUUGACGGCUGGUCGUCAAGCAGCCCUCAAGGAGUUUUCGCGAAUGAAUGCAACGACCAUGAAAUGGCCUGAGGAUGAAGACCGCGAUUUAAUUGUCGACUGGAUCAAGAUGGAGCAGCAAUGCUUGAUUGAUCCUUUGUAUCUCUGGAAAGCUUCAUAA